AUGACCUCCUCAACAAGUUCCCCUAAGCCCAUCACCAGCCUGCGCGGCCACUCGGCUCCAGUGCUAUGCCUCGCCACACUGCCUGCCGACCCAACUACCCUCGCGUCAGGCGCAGAGGAUGGCACCGCGCGGAUAUGGGACGUGGCGAGGGGUCGGUGCCGGAGGGGUAUACGUGUCGGGGGGGCGGGCGAGGAGGUCAACAGCGUGUGCUGGGGUCUGGACCCGAACGAGGUGUAUGUGGCUGCCGGUGCGAAGGUCCAUGCGGUGGAUCUCCGGUCUCCUGGGGUUGUGAUCACGGCAUCAACGCCGGUCGGGCCGGCGGCGGACGACGAUAUCAAUCAGAUAUGCUUGCAUGAGAAAGGCACUUUUCUAGCGGUUGCGGAUGAUAGCGGGCAGGUCCGUGUUCUUGAUAUGCGCACUCGGCGGCCUUUCAAGCGGUUUCGGAGAGGACAUGACAGCCUGGCGAUGUGUGUCCGGUUCCAGCCGCAGACGUCAUGGACAUUGUGGAGCGGCGGGAUGGAUAACACAGUCAUUGCGUGGGACUACUCAAAAGGAGCACCAGUUGCGGAGUUUGAUAUGGCAUCGCCACCCGAAACCUCAACCUCGCCAUCCCCAUCACCAACCCCCGAACCAACAGCCCCGCAAACAAUCAACCCGCCAUUCGUACAAUGCAUGGAUUUCUCUCCGAACGGCAACAUACUCGCCGCCGGGCUAGGCGACGGCGCCCUCGCUCUGAUCGAGCCGCCCUUAUCAACGACGACGGCGAAGGGGAAAGGGAAGGCAUCUGGAGCGCCGUGGAUGUAUAGGAGUAGAUUGGAGGGUGGCCAUACGUGGUCCGUCGCUGCGAUGACGUUCGUACCCAACUCGCAUAUCUACAAUAACAGCACCCUCCUCACCGGCGGAAUCGACGGCGUGGUCGCCAUCUGGCGGUCCGUGGACAUCUCAUCUGCCUCUCCAACAAUAGACACGAAGAACACUCCACCAUCAUCCUUGCGCCUCGACACCCGCUACCGCGUGCACCGUAAAGUCAACUGCAUCGUUGCCACAGUGCACGCGUUUUUUGUGAGGAUGUAA